AUGUCACCGGUAAUCUCCUAUGCGCUCGAAAGCGUCACCUAUAACAUUCCUGCGCGCGUUCUGCGAACGCAUUUUGGCACAUUCUAUCAUCAGCCUUCCCGUCGUUAUUUGAGGCAGUAUUUAAUGCAUGCAAAUGCCCCUCCCUACUUAACAUAUCAAUGGCAAGAGGGAGUCGAAAGUCUUGAAAGCUACCGCUCCGGUGGCUAUCAUCCUACUCACAUCGGCGAUCAAUACCGUGACAGUCGCUAUGAAGUCGUCCACAAGCUUGGUUAUGGGAGCUAUUCAACUGUCUGGCUUGCUAAAGAUCACCUGGAAAAUACACAUGUCUCACUGAAGAUACUGGUUUCCUCUGUCUCUCAAAAAAGCUCGGAGUGCAGAAUUCUGCGUCAAUUAGCUUCAGGGAAGCAAAACCAUCAAGGACGUGUCCACGUGCCAUCGCUGUUGGAGGAAUUUGUUAUCGACGGACCAAAUGGAAGCCAUUUAUGUAUCGUGAGCGAGGCUGCAGGAUGCAGUGUUGCACAAUCAAAGGAAGCUAGUAUGACUUGGAAGUUCCCGGCAAGUGUAGCAAAAUCCAUUUCAGCCCAGGUUCUAUUAGGAUUGGACUACGUUCAUUCAUGCGGGGUGGUGCACAGUGAUUUGCAUUGUAACAAUAUCCUAUUUCUAAAUCCAGCCUUGGAAACUUGUUCUACCAAGCAGCUUUACUACAGGCUAGGCGAGCCUCAGAAAUUACCUGUAAAGCGUCUAGAUAAGACUCCUAACGGCCCCGGAGUUCCUGAAUAUUGCGUGCCACCCGCUAUGAUCUUUCAGUCGAGCGAGGAAAUUGUGGAUGCAAGAAUCAUUAUCUCAGAUUUUGGUGAGGCGUUUCUUCAAGAUGAAACCCGGAAUGAAUUACACACACCAAUUAUGCUCCUCCCACCAGAAGUAUUCUUCGGUGAGCAUCUAGGCAUGCCUAUAGACAUGUGGACUCUUGGUUGCACUCUUUAUGAGAUUCUAGGAGAACGCCCUCUAUUUGAGGGGUUCAUGCCUGACCAAGACCAUGUCAUUGCGGAGAUGAUAAGCACUUUGGGACAACUUCCAAAACGCUGGUGGGACAGAUGGCAGCGAAAGUCGGACUUUUUUCUUGAAAACGGUUCUUGGAAAAUAGACACACACCGAAGUCAUGCACCGUAUUAUAGGCCAUUGACAGAGCGACUGCGUAUCAUGGGACGAGGCGAGCAACAAUCGACGUGCGAGUUUGGUGUGGAUGAAAUGGCAUGUCUCCAGAAGCUUCUAACAUCAAUGCUGACUUAUGAGCCUUCUGAGCGUAUCACUUCCAGUGCGGCGGUUACAUCGGAAUGGAUGGAGAGAUGGGGGAAACCGGCUAUGGAACAGACCCGUGUGAGACCCUGA